ACCCGGAUUUAAAGAGACAGGAGCUUCAACCGUCGUGGGCUGCCAGCGGCCUGUGGGCGUCAGGUCCCAAGGCCUUCGCUGUAUGACUUUGGUUUUUAAAAUCUUCCCUCAAACUCUGCGUGCACUCAGCCGAAAAGAGCCAUCCCUGUUCCGAGACCAACACUACUGGCCUGAUGUAAGACAAUACAGCCGGUGGUCAGAAACAGAUCUGCUUCCUGGACACUACCUCCUCCAAAAAAGAAAGCCUGUUCUGUCAUUCCAGGGAGCACAUCUAAGACCGCGAGCCACCUGCCUUGUUUUCUUGCCAGGGUCGCAUGUGGGACUCUGCAGUGGCCCCUAUGAGAUGGCUGAGCAACGGUUCUGUGUCGAUUAUGCCAAGCGUGGCACAGCUGGCUGCAAAAAAUGCAAGGAAAAGAUUGUGAAGGGUGUUUGCAGAAUUGGUAAAGUGGUGCCCAAUCCCUUCUCAGAGUCUGGGGGUGAUAUGAAAGAAUGGUACCACAUAAAAUGCAUGUUUGAGAAACUGGAGCGGGCCCGAGCCACCACAAAAAAAAUCGAGGACCUCACAGAGCUGGAAGGCUGGGAAGAGCUGGAAGAUAAUGAGAAGGAGCAGAUAACCCAGCACAUUGCAGAUCUAUCUUCGAAGGCAGCAAGCACACCAAAGAAGAAAGCUGUUGUCCAGGCUAAGUUGACAACCACUGGCCAGGUAACUUCUCCAGUGAAAGGUGCUUCAUUUGUUACCAGUACCAAUCCCCGGAAAUUUUCUGGCUUUUCAGCCAAGCCCAACAACUCUGAUGGAGCCCCCUUAAACUCUGUCCCUAAGAGAAGUCUGUCUUCAAGCAAAUGUGACCCCAAGCACAAGGACUGUCUGCUUCGGGAGUUUCGGAAGUUGUGUGCCAAGGUGGCUGAAAAUCCUAGUUACAACACAAAGACCCAGAUCAUCCAGGACUUCCUCCGGAAAGGCUCAGCAGGAGAUGGUUUCCACGGUGAUGUGUACCUUACAGUGAAGCUUCUGCUGCCAGGUGUCAUUAAGAGUGUUUACAACUUGAAUGAUAAGCAGAUUGUGAAGCUUUUCAGUCGCAUUUUUAACUGCAACCCAGAUGAUAUGGCACGGGACCUAGAGCAGGGUGACGUGUCAGAGACGAUCAGAGUCUUCUUUGAGCAGAGCAAGUCUUUCCCCCCAGCUGCCAAGAGCCUCCUUACCAUCCAGGAAGUGGAUGAAUUCCUCCUGAGGCUCUCCAGGCUCACCAAGGAGGAUGAGCAGCAACAGGCCCUGCAGGACAUCGCCUCCAGGUGUACAGCCAAUGACCUUAAGUGCAUCAUCCGGUUGAUCAAACAUGAUCUGAAGAUGAACUCAGGUGCAAAACAUGUGUUAGAUGCCCUCGACCCCAAUGCCUACGAAGCCUUCAAAGCCUCACGCAACCUGCAGGACGUGGUGGAGCGCAUCCUUCGCAAUGAGCAGGAGGUGGAGAAAGAACCUGGCCAGAGACGGGCUCUGAGUGUCCAGGCCUCGCUGAUGACACCUGUACAGCCCAUGCUGGCCGAGGCCUGCAAGUCUAUCGAGUACGCAAUGAAGAAGUGUCCAAACGGCAUGUUCUCUGAGAUCAAGUACGAUGGUGAGCGAGUCCAGGUGCAUAAGAAUGGGGAUCACUUCAGUUACUUCAGCCGCAGUCUCAAGCCUGUCCUGCCCCACAAGGUGGCCCACUUUAAGGACUACAUCCCACAGGCAUUUCCUGGGGGUCACAGCAUGAUCUUGGACUCUGAGGUGCUCCUGAUUGACAACAAAACAGGCAAACCACUGCCCUUUGGGACUCUGGGAGUACACAAGAAAGCUGCCUUCCAAGACGCUAAUGUCUGCCUAUUUGUUUUUGAUUGUAUCUACUUCAAUGAUGUCAGCUUGAUGGACAGGCCUCUGUGUGAACGGCGAAAGUUUCUUCAUGACAACAUGAUUGAAAUUCCAAACCGGAUCAUGUUCUCAGAAAUGAAGCAAGUCACGAAAGCUUCAGACUUGGUGGACAUGAUAAACCGAGUCAUCCGGGAGGGAUUGGAAGGGCUGGUGCUGAAGGAUGUGAAGAGUACAUAUGAACCUGGGAAGCGGCACUGGCUGAAAGUGAAGAAAGACUAUUUGAAUGAGGGGGCCAUGGCUGACACAGCUGACCUGGUGGUCCUUGGGGCCUUCUAUGGGCAGGGAAACAAAGGUGGCAUGAUGUCAAUCUUCCUCAUGGGCUGCUAUGACCCUAGCAGUCAGAAGUGGUGCACAGUUACCAAAUGUGCAGGAGGCCAUGAUGAUGCCACACUUGCCCGCCUACAGAAGGAACUGGACAUGGUGAAGAUCAGCAAGGAUCCUAGCAAAAUUCCCAGCUGGCUGAAGAUUAACAAGAUCUACUAUCCUGACUUCAUUGUGCCAGACCCAAAGAAGGCUGCCGUAUGGGAAAUCACAGGGGCCGAAUUCUCCAAAUCUGAGGCUCACACUGCUGAUGGGAUCUCUAUCCGAUUCCCUCGCUGUACUCGAAUCCGUGAUGAUAAGGACUGGAAAUCUGCCACUAACCUCCCCCAACUCAAGGAACUGUACCAGCUGUCCAAGGAGAAGGCAGACUUCACUGUAGUGGCUGGAGAUGAGGGGAGCUCCACUACAGAGGGCAGCAGUGGAGAGAACAAGGGCACUUCAGGGACUACUGUGCCCCAUAAGGCUCCCAGAGCCUCCCCCAGCAAGCCCUCUGCUAGGGCUAAGAAAGCAGAAGGGAAGCCAAGUAACCUCAACAGCAAAGGUGGCAACACGCUGACUGCAAAGCCUUCCCCUGGGAAAGCGGGAGAGAAGCUGGCUGUGAAGGUGGGGGCAAAGCGGAAAGCUGCUGACGAGACCCCGUGCCAAACAAAGAGGCGGCCAGCCAGCGAACAGAGAGGAAGGAGAGCUGUGCCAACAGGCAGGAGAUAGAGCAGCCAGCCUAGCCAGGAGAGCCUGCAGGGACCUGGCCAGCUGCUGGGCCCAAGUGACAAUUCACAUUAAAGGGGAGAAAGCUCAGUCUGGGUGUGGGAGUGCAGCAGUGUGAGUUUGUGGUCAGGGCGGGAACUGGUCCAGUCAGCAAGGACAGAGGCACUGGCUUGGUGACUCUCCUCCCACCUGAGCUUUUCCCUUUUACACUCACUUCUCAGUCUUGGGUUCGGCAACAUCUGUCAAGCACCUGCUGAGGCCAAGAACUGGGUUUAGUACUGGCUUAACUCUGGGGGAGCUCAUGGCCCAUAGUGGAUAGGGAAAUAAAUACAUGAUCACCACACCAUGUCAUUGUGCCCCCAUUCUCCCCACCUCCACCCAAGUAAACACAGAAGCUUGACAACUCAGGAUCUGAAGCCAGAACCCAGCUGAUCAGCAGAAACUUUCCCUUUCCCACCUUCCCCUUCCCUGGCUGAAGCCCUUGAACUCAUCCACAAUAAUGAACAGGACACCUGGCCCCUUGCUCUGGCUAGCUGUGCACAGUGGACUGCUGGAUUUCAGGGGAGAGCCAGCACUGCCUGACCACUAGCCACUGGAUGGCUCUUGGUGAUACGUACUUUUCUCAUUUCCACGUCCCAAAUGUCAGGGCCCGUCUUUCUUCUUUUCCCCUAAGCAGGGAUGGAAGGGAGUUAUCAGUCUUAGUAAUUUGGAGUGACUGGAGGAUGGGGGGUAUUUUAUGCAUCUGCCUGUUCUCUGGUAAACUGUUUACGUGUGUCUUUAACUCAGGGCUCCCUCCUUACUCUGCCCUUCGCUGAUUGGGGUGAUAACCUGUCUGCACCCAGUGCAGCCAACCCUGCCCUGCCCCUUCUGCGUUUGCAGGUGCUGCUGGACAUCUUCACUGGGGUGCGGCUCCACUUGCCACCCUCCACGCCAGACUUCAGUCGUCUCAGACGCUACUUUGUGGCA